CAUCCAUUGGAUUGCCAGACGGAGAAGCGUGAUUCGUCACACCAAAGAACACAUCUCCACUGCUUAGUGAGUCCAGUGGCGGCGCUUUACAACGCCUUGCAUUGCCUGGUUAUGUAAGUCUUUGAUGCAGCUGCUCAGGCAUGGAAACCUAUUCCAUGAAGAUCUCUAUGCACAUAAGCUAAUCUAAAGGCUACAUGAAGUUUGGAGGUCUGUAGCAAUUGACUCUGCAGGAAGUUGGCCUCUGUGCGCUAAGCGCCUCAGCAUCCACUUGGUUUCAUACACUUGUGGACAUGGAAGUGAUUGGAACACCUGAAUUACAUUAUUUGGAUGGGUGACUGAAUACGUUUGGCAAUAUAGCAUAUUUACAAAAAUGACUAAAGUUGAUAAGGUAAAAUAUUAUAAUAUCUGCUAUACGUUUUCAAAAAACUUGUAAAAGACCGGUUUAUAAAUCUGUUUUCUCUUCUAAUUUGCAUUUACAUCUACAGUCUCAGUUGUGACACCGCCACAUAAAGGAGACCUGUGGGAUCCCUAACUAGAAGUAUUAACACUUAUGUUCCUGAUAGUGUUAUUUCGGUGACCCCACGGAUUAAAGUCCUUAGGAACCUUAGGCUGUUCAUUGAGAUGUGUUGGGAGAAGGUGUGGCCUCCAGUUUUCCAUCAGUGUGGGUGUGUGAAUAUUUUAUAUACAUUAUUUUUUUGUGACCUUUUCCUGUUAAUUUCUGGAGGGGAAGACUUUUAUUGUGAAAGUGAACCCUGGUUUGAGAACGGGAAAAAGGAAGUAGAGCAGCCAUCUUAAGGAAGGUGAAAGUUUGGGGAAGAGAGGCCUGGGGAAGUUGGCUGUUGAGGCCCAAACAGCAUCUACUUUUUCUUUCUCCCAUCCUUGUCUUUGACGUGUGGAUUACCUUUUUUUUUUUAAGUGAGGUAUCGAGGUAUCGAGAGACUUUUGAGUGACUGAGCUUAAACUAUUGUUGCUCUGGACUUCGGUGCUUGGAUGUUGCUGCUGAAUAAUACUGAAUAAAAUAUAUAUUGGUCAUCUUUGUGGUAUACUGGCACUGCAUGGUUUAUACUCACCUAAUUAGUCCUCAGACAUUUAAUAGUAACAGCCAAGUGGUCAGAUUGUUACACAGUGUUUUUGGAUUUAAAAAGAAAAUGAUUGACAAAAAAAUCUUUAAGCAUAAUUUCAAUGUCUUCUCCAACUGCUCACCAACCGCUCAAUUUUCACUCACCUCUACUUUCGUUUUGACUUAUAUUUCUCACCUCAAACCCCACCAAAGACCCUGAUGUGUGUGAGUUCCUUGCAAUUUUGCAUGCAUCCUGUAUGAUUGAUGGUGUAAAUGUGUGUGUGUGUGUGUGUGUGUGUGUGUGUGUGUGUGUGUGUGUGAAUGCUUAAGAAGAGAUGGGUUUUUUGUUUGUUGGUUAAAAGUCCACUAAUAGGGGAAAAGAUGUUCCUGCCUCUGCUCAUCCUUGCUGUCCUCUCUUUGUCUGGAGCGAUGGAGAGUGGUAUUGCUGGAGGAAAGGAAGUUGAACCUCACUCCAGACCCUACAUGGUGUCUCUUCAGCUAUACAACGCACACAUGUGUGGUGGGAUGCUUAUCAAAAAUAACUACGUACUGACUUCCGCUCACUGUGUGGACAACAUUGACUGCUCUCAGAAUAACAGGCUAGAAGUGGUCCUGGGAGCUCACAACCUCAAAAAGCAUGAGAUUUUCCAGCAGAGAAUCAAAGUAAUGAAGUGCAUCAAACAUCCCUCAUACAUAAAGAAAGAGUACCACCAUGACAUCAUGCUACUGAAGCUGAAGACCAAAGCCAAAAUAAACAAGUUUGUGAAGGUCAUUGCUCUUCCUGAAAAGAAUAAGAAGAUCCCUGCCAAUCAGAAAUGCUCUAUAGCAGGCUGGGGUAUGAAAGCACCAAAUACUUCUGCAUCGCAUGUUCUUCAGGAGGUCACGCUGAAACUACAGUUUAACUUUGAGUGCAGCAAUAUAUGGAAGACAUUAUUUGACACUCAGCACAUGAUCUGCACUUCAUCAGAUGGAAAACAAGCUUUUUGUCAGGGCGAUUCAGGGAGUCCUCUUAUUUGUAACAAGAAACCACUAGGAAUCGCUUCAUAUACCUACCUUUAUGACUGUAGAAACCACAAGUACCCACAAGUAUACAUGAAGAUACCCUACUUUUUUCCAUGGAUUAAAAACAUCACAGGUUAAAAAGAGGAAAUAUACUUAUGUUUUUCUAAUGCAAAAUAACCCCAAAAAUAAAUGAUACUUUGAAUGGAUAAAA